CUGCUAGCAACAUAUUAUUUAGUAUUAGAUACAUUAUUGUUUUAAAUAUACAUUCUUCCUUUAAUUAGAAACAUAUAUAUACAUUUAAGAUGGUGAGUGUGUCUGAAAUUUGCAAGGCUCAGAGGGCAGAAGGCCCUGCAACUAUCCUGGCCAUUGGUACUGCAAAUCCACCAAAUUGUAUUGAACAAAGCACAUUUUCUGAUUUCUACUUUAGAAUCACAAAUAACGAGCACAAAACCGAACUCAAACAGAAAUUCCAACGCAUGUGUGAUAAAUCUACGAUCAAGAGGAGAUAUGCAUACCUAACAGAAGAGAUUGUGAAAGAUAAUCCUAAUUUUUGCGCUUAUACGGCACCUUCUUUUGAUGCUAGGCAAGAAAUUAUGGUGGUAGAGAUACCUAAACUAGCGAAAGAGGCUGCAGUGAAGGCCAUCAAAGAAUGGAACCAACCAAAGUCAAAGAUUACACAUUUAAUCUUUUGCACAUUUAGUGGCGGAGACAUUCCCGGUGCAGAUUAUCAACUCGCAAAACUUUUAGGACUUCACCCAAAUGUGAAAAGGUACAUGAUGUACCAACAAGGGUGUUUUGGAGGUGGUACGGUGCUUCGUUUAGCCAAAGAUUUGGCGGAGAAUAACAAAGGUGCUCGUGUGUUAGUUGUUUGUUCUGAAGUCACCGCGAUCGCAUUUUGUGGUCCUAGUGAGACUCACCUAGAAAAUCUUGUUGGACAAGCAUUAUUUGGGGAUGGAGCUGCUGCAGUCAUUGUUGGCUCCGACCUAUUACCAGAAAUAGAGAAACCCCUAUUUGAGAUAGUUAAGACUGCACAAACAUUUGUUCCCGAUAGUGAAGAAGCUAUUUUUGCUCACCAGCGCGAAGCUGGGCUAAAAUUUCAUAUUGGCAGGAAUGUCUCUGAGGUUGUCUCAAAGAAUAUUGAGAAAGCGCUGAUUGCGGCAUUCAAACCAUUAGGCAUUUCUGAUUACAACUCAAUCUUUUGGAUUGCUCACCCGGGUGGACCUGCAAUUCUUGAUCAAGUCGAGCGAAAGUUAGGCUUGAUGCCUGAAAAGAUGAGGGCUACUAGAGAAGUGCUUAGUGAAUAUGGUAACAUGUCUAGUGCAUCUGUAUUGUUUAUCUUGGAUGUCAUGAGGACAAAAUCGUCCCAAGAUCAACUUAAGACCACAGGUGAAGGACUUGAUUGGGGUGUGUUAUUUGGCUUUGGACCUGGACUUACAAUUGAAACUGUUGUUUUACAUAGUGUGGCUAUUUGAGAUGUUUGAUUGUUUUUGUUUUAAGUAAUGUAUUGUUUUCCAUCUUGCCUAAGUUUUCAUCUAGGAAGAAUAAAUGUCUAAAGUUCAAUAUAUGUAUUGUCAAUGUCAAAUGGAAUAACUCGGUCAAUGGGCCGACAAGUAAAAUGUAAUAUUGAUGUCUCUUUCAUCGCAUAAUAAUAGAGUUGCGAUAAGUGUUUGUAUUUGAAAUAAGAAAGGUGUUUAUGUGUUA